UAAAUAAUGGAAAACGUCAGUGUAGUUUUUACAUGACAACAGAUGUGUUUUUUAAUUGUUUCUUAUGUUUUUCUCAAAUAUAUUUAAUGGACCAACGGUGUAAAGCGAUAAUGUGACGAUAUAACGAAGAUUUUAUUCACAAUCAUGAUUCCAUCUUCUGAGAUCGGUGUUUGUUUGAAAGAGAAAGUGUCAUGUGAAAUCGGAGAGUCGCCUUCAAUGAUGUGGAAGAGGUCGAUUGUGCAAGCUAAGGCUGGGUGCGUACGCGCUACUGCGGCCCUAGCGCUUAUGCUCGCUGUUUUGGCUGGUACACUGCGAACCAGUUCAGCAGCAGACCUGGUGAUAGAGAUCCCAGGGUGGGGCGGGCCGGACGGCGAGGAGGCGCACUACAGGCUGGACUACCGGCCGCCGCACGGCUCGCCCGCGCCUAACUUCACCGUCCCCGCCAGAGCCUCCACCAUCAACUUCCAGGGCUUGCCGGGCACUAAGUACCACUUUAUGCUUUACUACUCCAAUGCUACCUUUGCUGACCUAUUGACUUGGAAUCAAACAAUUAUAACUGCGCCGGAGCCGCCCACGAACUUGACCGUGACUCUGGGCCGCAACAAGCAGGCCGCCAUCGCCUGGUCGCCGCCCGCGCACGGGGACUACACCGGCUUCCGCUUCAAGGUGAUCCCGCUGACGGAGCGCGCGGAGGGCUCGGAGGGCGCGCUGAACAUCACGGUGGAGGGCGGCGGCAACUGGACGCACGUGCUGCGCGACCUGUCGCCCGGCGCCACCUACCAGCUGCACGCCUUCACGCUGCUGCACGACAAGGAGAGCGCCGCCUACGCCUCCUUCAACUUCACCACCAAACCGAACACGCCGGGCAAGUUCAUAGUAUGGUUCCGCAACGAGACGACGCUGCUGGUGCUGUGGCAGCCGCCGUACCCGCCCGGCGCCUACACGCACUAUAAGGUGUCGAUCGAGCCGCGGGACGCGCGCGACUCGGAGCUGUACGUGGAGAAGGAGGGCGAGCCGCCGGGCCCGGCGCAGGCCGCCUUCAAGGGGCUGGUGCCGGGGCGCGCCUACAACAUCUCGGUGCAGACGGUGUCGGACGCGCAGCUGUCGCUGCCCACCACGGCGCAGUACCGCACGGUGCCGCUGCGCCCGCGCAACGUCACCGCCGACCCGCGCCGCACCUCCGAGACCGCCUUCACCGUCUCCUGGCUGCCGCCCGCCGAGCGCAGCGAGUUCCAGAAGUACCAGAUCUCUGUGUCGGCCGGCGGGGGCGGUGGGGGUGGGGGCGGGGCCGGUGGGGGCGGGGCGCGGCGCCUGCCCCCCGCCGUGCGCGCGCGGGACGAGCCGCCGCUGUGCGCCUUCGACGGGCUGGAGCCGGGCACGCACUACACCGUCACCGUCAAGACCAUGUCCGGCAAGGUCACCUCCUGGCCCGCCGCCGCCGAGGUCACGCUCAAGCCGCUGCCGGUGGUGGGUCUGGGCUGGCGGCACGCGGCGGGCGACAGCGCCGUGCUGCUGUGGUGGGCGCCCGCCGACGGCAGCACGCAGGACGAGUACAAGGUGUCGUACCACGAGGCGGGUCCGUCGCGCGACGACAGCAACACGCUGAGCACGGCCGCCACCAACGUCACGCUCGAGGCGCUGCUGCCCGGCCGCAACUACACCAUCACUGUGCGCGCGGUGUCGAAAGGCGUGGAGUCGAACGACAGCUCGGUGAGCGCGGCGACCCGUCCGCUGGCGCCCGCGCUGCGCAGUGCUGUGCCCGCGCACACCGAGCUGCGCCUGCAGUGGGGCUCCGACGUCAACUCGCGCCAGGACCGCUACGAGCUGCGCUACCGGCGCGCGCCCACAGACCGCCACGCGACCGAGGAACAGGCCCCGUACACUACGCUAGAAACGACGGAGACGACAGCAUUAUUGGAGAAUUUGUACCCGGGCGCACUGUAUGAGAUUCAGUUAGCUGCCAUCAGCCACGGGCUGCGCAGUGAGAGACACACCGUCUACAAGCCAGUCCGUCCGCUGCCGCCGACGUCGCUGACGGUGGAGCGGCUGACGUCGAACGCGGUGGAGGUGCGGUGGGAAGCUGCGAGCGGCGGCGCGCUGGGCGGGUUCGCGCUGCGCUACCGGGCCGGCGGGCCGGGGGCGGCCUGGCGCCGGGACAGCCUGCCCGCCGCCGCUCGCCGCGCCGAGCUGGCCAACAUGACGCACGGCGAGCGCUACGCCAUCGCGCUGGACGCGCUGUCCGACCCGCCCGACGCGCCCGACGCGCUCGACAGCGGCCGCCCGCUCACCGCCGAGCACACCGUGCGGCCGAACCCGGUAUCGAACGUGCUGCAGCUGGCGGACACGCGCAACAUGACGCUGGAGUGGCCCCGGCCGGAGGGCCGCGUGGACUGGUACCAGGUGGAGUGGUGGCCGCGCGAGGAGGAGGGCGAGGGGGCGGGGGCGGGGGGCGGGGCGGGUGGUGCGGGGGGCGAGGGGGGCGGGGCGCGCAACGUGAGCGCGGGCGGCGGGCGCAGCGCGCGCGUGCUGCUGAGCGGCCUGCAGCCGGGCUGGGGCUACGCGGUGGCCAUCACGGCGCACUCCUACAACCUCUCCAGCGACCUCUUCACCAUGCACACGCGCACACGGCCGCUGAUUCAAUCGGAAAUGACUAUAGUGACUGAAAACGGAGGUGAUUCUGACGACAACGAUACUUUACCAGCCUUUUUGGUGGUGUACACGCGCACGCCGGCGGCGGCCACGCGCUUCGACGCGUACCGGCUGCGGCUGGAGGCGGCGGGCGAGGCGCCGCGCGAGGUGACGCGCGCCGCCGCCGCCGCGCCGCAGCAGGCCGCCUUCCGCGCGCUCACGCCCGGCCGGCUGUACAACCUCACCAUGUGGACCGUCUCGCGCAACGUCUCCUCGCACCCCGUGCAGCGCCAGGCGCGCCUGUUCCCGCGGCCGAUCCCGUGGCUGAACGCGACGCAGCUGGGCGCGCGCGAGGUGGCGCUGGCGUGGGCUCGGCCGCGCGGCGACUUCACGGACUUCGAGGUGCAGUACCUGGCCGCCGCCGACCAGCUCGAGAGCCGAGCCACGCCGCACACCGCGCUCACCGUCGCCGGCCUGCGCCCCUACACGCUCUACACCUUCACCGUUGAGGUGCGGUCGGGCACGCCGGCCACGAUCCUGACGCGGUCGCGCGCGCGCUCGGGCACGUUCCGCACGCGCGCCGCGCCGCCCGCCGCGCCGCGCCGCUUCGAGCCGCGCGACGCCAAGCCCACCGAGCUGGCCUUCGAGUGGGAGCUGCCCGAGCCCGACCGCCACGGCGAGCUGCUGCGCUUCGUGCUGGACUACUGGCCCGCCGGCGAGCCCGAGCUGCGCACCUCCGUGCAGUUCCCCCCCGACGCGGCCACCGGCGCCGUGCGCGGCCUGCGCGCCGGCGGCACGUACGAGUUCGCGCUGGCGGGCGAGACGAGCGCCGGGCGCGGGGCCGGCGCGCGCUGGCGGCAGCACAUGGCCAUCGCCGCGCCGCCGCGCCCGCGCGCGCACGCGCUGCCCGUGCCCGUGCGCCGCACCUCCUCCACCGUGGCCGUGCGCUUCCGCGCCGACUACUUCUCGCCCGCCAACGGCAACGUCACCGCCUACACGCUGGUGCUGGCCGAGGAGCCGCACAACGACACGCCCGCCGGCCUGCCCUCGUGGCGCGACGUGCACAACCAGCCCGUCUGGCCGCCCUACCAGGUGACGGAGCCGUAUUACCCGUUCCACUCGUCGGCCGUGGAGGAGUUCACGAUCGGCUCGGAGCGGUGCGAGGUGGGCGGGCGCGCGUACUGCAACGGGCCGCUCAAGCCCAACACCAAGUACUACGUGAAGCUGCGCGCCUUCACCGCAAGGGACAAGUUCACCGACACCGCCUACACCACUGUCUACACCGAGGCGGACAACACGGCGUGGAUCGCGGGCGGCGCGGUGGCGGGCGCGCUGGCGGCGGGCGGCGCGGCGGCGCUGCUGGCGCUGCGGGCCCGCCGCGCGCGCCGCCCGCCCGGCGCCGCGCCGCGCGCCAGCCAGCCCGCCGCCGCCUCGCGCCCCGUGCGCGUCGCUGACUUCCGCGACCACUACCGCCUCAUGUCCGCCGACUCCGACUUCCGAUUCAGCGAGGAGUUCGAGGAGCUGAAGCACGUGGGGCGCGAGCAGCCGUGCACGGCGGCCGACCUGCCGUGCAACCGGCCCAAGAACCGCUUCACCAACAUCCUGCCCUACGACCACUCGCGCUACAAGCUGCAGCCCGUGGACGACGAGGAGGGUUCGGACUACAUCAACGCCAACUACGUGCCCGGCCACAACUCGCCGCGCGAGUUCAUCGUGACGCAGGGCCCGCUGCACUGCACGCGCGACGACUUCUGGCGCAUGUGCUGGGAGUCGGGCUCGCGGGCCAUCGUAAUGCUCACGCGCUGCGUGGAGAAGGGCCGCGAGAAGUGCGACCGCUACUGGCCCUACGACACGCGGCCCGUGUACUACGGCGACAUCGCCGUCACCGCGCUCAACGAGUCGCGCUUCCCCGACUGGACCGUGUCCGAGCUGGCCGUGUGCCGCGGCGCCGAGCAGCGCGUGCUGGCCCACUUCCACUUCACCACGUGGCCCGACUUCGGCGUGCCCGAGCCCGCCACCACGCUGGCCCGCUUCGUGCGCGCCUUCCGCGAGCGCUGCCCGCCCGCGCCCGACUCGCGGCCCGUGGUCGUGCACUGCAGCGCCGGCGUGGGCCGCUCCGGCACCUUCAUCACGCUGGACCGCGCGCUGCAGCAGCUGGCGAACCACGCGGAGUACCUGGACAUCUUCGGCAUGGUGCACAGCAUGCGGCGCGAGCGCGUGUGGAUGGUGCAGACGGAGCAGCAGUACAUCUGCAUCCACCAGUGCGUCGUGGCCGCGCUCGAGGGCGCCGACCUGGCCCCGCCGCCGCCCAACAACCACCACCACCACAACGCCGCCUUCGAGGACGACGAGGGCAUCGCGGAGUCGGGCAUGUGACCGACCGCCGAUCGCUUAUUUGCGAAUCGCAUUUAAUGUUCGUGAAGGACUGUCCGAACUUUGCACAAUUUUAUAUAGAAAAAUAUUCUCGAUAUCAAAUAUUACGCGAAGUUACCCGACUCUCGAUCCGCAAUCCUGGCAGCUCCGAGUGAAAUGUACUUAAUAAUAAUUAUGUUCGCACACUAGUUUUAAUCUUAUUGUAUUUUUGUAAAAAUGUACAUUGUAUGUGGACCAAGUAUUUGUAUAUAGAGCUGACGGCGAUGGACGACGUUCGUUGCAAACACUCGUGCGUGACGUCACUCGCUCAGUGCUCACGUGCAGUGCGCUACACACGCGCACAACACGCGCACAACACGCGCACAACACGCGCACAACACGCGCACAACACGCGCACAACACGCGCACAACACGCGCACAACACGCGCACAACACGCGCACAACACGCGCACAACACGCGCACAACACGCGCACAACACGCGCACAACACGCGCACAACACGCACACAACACGCACGUACCAACAGAACGUUCCCCACGCGCUCUGACGCCGCGUGACGUCGCGUGACUUGCAUCUUUGUGACUUAAUGACUUCUACUGCGCUCACUGACGCUUGAAUCUCAAAAUUGUACUUAAUUAUUUUUGUAAAUUUUUUAUAUUUUAUUGAUUUAUUUAAAACAUCGCUAUAUAGGGCAUAUACAUUUAUUACUGUACAUUAUUCGCUUGUAAUAUUUUACAUAUAAAUAAUAUAAUUAAUAUUAAAAUAAAACGGGAAAGCCUUAGACCAUGAAAUAAAUAAAUACUAACAGGUUGAAAUGUAAAGUAACUUUAUUAUGCAACAAUUACUUGCAUUAUUAAAAAAUAUAUAAAUAAUGGUAGCUCUGGCGAUGGUAUUUCUGGACAAGUAAGAACGCUUCUUCAAGACGUCCCUCAUCAUAAGGCAUUCCUUGUAUUACGUUUAAUUUGUAUAGUACAUAAAUAAAUAAAUAAUUGUAAACAAAACACACAUAUAUAUGUAUUUAUUUUUAUACAACAAAAAAUUUUAAUAUAGAAAUAACGCUGAAAUGUGCCUUAUAGCGUAGGUGUACGUAAGCGGCCUUUUGGAAGCCUCGCGUUUUGUUUUUCGAAUCAGCAACACUUAUGAUAUCAAUUGUACAGUUUAUUUUGUUACAUAAUAUAAUUGUGUCGUGUUUAACACGGAAGUUUAAUAUUGUAUACAAAAGAAAGUGUCUUUGUUUACAGUUCGCCAUUUGUUUUGAUAUACAUAUUUUUAUAUAUUUCGACAACUAAGUCUUAACUGUGACUUAAUACGUAUAAUAAGUUUAUAUCCAAGGUCUCGCUAAGCCCCUUUACAUUGUAGCCUACAGGUAUUAAUAAAAAGUAUUUUAUACACUAA